AUAUUUUCCGACUCACAGAACUCUCUCUCAUCUCAUUAGGAGAGUUUUUUUCUUGAAAAUUGAUCUUGGAUUUCAUAACCCAAGCAACAUUUGUGAAAAGACUCACCAAUUUUCAUUGGUUUUUUCAAUUCUCAUGGGAUUUCUUGUCAAUAAAAUUACCCCUCCCAAAUUUCCACAAAACUGAAGAUUUUUAAGCAAAUCAAAAUGAAAAUUCCGUCCUUUCUCAAAUUAUCAUGCAUUUUUUAAAUCCCAGUUGAUCUAAAUUUCAGAUCUCCACAAAAUUCUAUAAAUUCUGUAAAAUCCCAUUGAAUAUCAUAUUCACCGUAAUUAAUUUCUUCCGAGUCUCUUCAAUGCUUGCCGGGGAAAAACCAUGCAUGAGAUAAGUCUUCUGCUUGUCCGGUAAUUUUCUAUUUUCUGCAUUACAAAAAAUCAAAUGAUUCCGGCGGAGCCGAAUAAUCAAUUCAUUUACGCUUGUGUUUCAAAAGGAACGAUGAUCUUAUCCGAACUCAACAUGGCCGGUGAUACCGAUAUCGAAAAGAUAGCUUCAAAAUGUCUUGAAAAAGCUCCAAACCUUCAUCAAAAGUUCUCUCAGACAACUUCAACCAAAACGUAUAGUUUCUUGGUGGAUGGUCUUUUUACAUAUUUCGCAAUCUUUCAGAAAAACACAAUUCCGAAUGUGGAUGGCAGCGAACGGGAUUUGUCUCGCGGCCUGGACUUUCUUGCGCUGGUUAAAGAGGCGUUCGUUGCAAAUGUCUGCAACAAUGAACAAGGGCCAAUAGACAUGGCUCCCGGUUGCUAUAACGAAGAAUUUGGUCCGAUUUUCCAAGAGCUAUUAUUAUCUUUUACUGAAGAAUCGUCAUUAAUAUCGUCACCGGAUGCUUUAUCAAAUGCUAGUCGAAAUGAAAGCCUUGACUCGAGAUCGUCCACAGGAAGUAAAAUUUGUUCGACACCGUUGCUCGGAAGAUCAGAGAACAAGAGUAGUAUAGGUAUGAAGAACAAGAAGAAGAAUAAGAAAAGUACUGAUCAUAAAGAAGGUGAAUUCAUCCACGGCAUAGUACAAGGAGCGAAUGCAUCGAAUCGAAUCACGUUGAGCAGAGAAUGUAGCUACGUAGAUGAAGUAAGAUUGCAGCAAGAAGCUCGGAAGAAAUGGAGAGAAAAUGUUAGAAUAGUUUUGUUGGUGGAUUUAGUUAUUUGUUGUAUUUUGUUCUUGGCAUGGUUAUUCAUUUGCGAUGGAUUCAAAUGUGUAGCUACCUGAAAACAUUUAUUUUUCUUUCAGUUCUCGAAAUAUAUCAAUGCACAA